AUGACUCGCCAAGAUGAAAAGCCCGAAGAAGAACACCAGCUUAUGGAUUGCCAGAGUGGAUCAUCGUUUGAUUGGACUGAAGAAAAGCCCCAGGAACGGCAACAACGAGCACAAUCAUCAUUCGAUGUCGAUCUCGAAAAUGGUGCACGUAUCCCACAUCGGCAGGACCUUCAACGUACUCGGCUAAAGGAGCAUGUCGAGGAACAUUUUGAACGGCCCGAAUUGGUGCGUGAUUGUAUUCUUGGUUUAUCAGAUGGAUUGACGGUGCCAUUUGCAUUGGCAGCUGGUCUGUCAAGCUUGGGUGAUAACAGGAUCGUUAUUUAUGGUGGCCUAGCAGAGCUGGUCUCUGGUGCCAUUUCCAUGGGUUUGGGUGGUUACCUUGCUGCCAAAUCGGAUGCUGAUCACUUUGUUACCGAACGCCAACGUGAAGAACGAGAGCUUGAAUUGUACCCAGAGGAAGAAGAAGAGGAAAUCGUUGAGAUCUUUGAGCAAUAUGGUUUGAAUCGAGCAUCACUUGAGCCCAUGUUUGUACAUUUUCGACAAGCACCACAAAAAUUUGUUGACUUUAUGAUGAAGUUUGAGCUUAAUCUGGAAGAGCCUGACCCAAAUCGCAGCUUGAUCUCUGCUGCUACCAUUGGAUUGUCAUAUUUGUUUGGUGGUCUAAUCCCGCUCAUCCCAUACAUGCUGGUGACCAACACAACCGAUGCCAUGCUUUAUUCCGUCAUUGUCACAUUGCUCACACUCUUUGUCUUUGGCUAUGUUAAAAGUAUCUAUCUUCGACCAGCACAAGCUAUUUUGGGAGCCGUUCAGACUUUGGCUGUAGGUGCUGUUGCAGCAGGAUGCAGCUAUGCCAUUGUUGCCCUUGUCAAUAGCACAUCGCCCGAGUCACAACCAGGAUCCGAUGUUGCGGCACAUUGA